AUGACUGAGUGCAGCACUCCCUUGUCCGAGGACUGCUCCCCAGCGCACAGCCCAAGAGUACUCUUCUGCUCCAACACAAAGGAGGCUCUCAAAGGAGGACCGCUAAAGAAAAGUGCAAUAAGUGAAGUGGAAAUCCUUCAGGGUUUGGUGAGUGGAAGCCUUGGUGGCACACUUGGACAGUCUAUCAGCAGCCCUGUUGAGCAGGAAGUCGUGGCUGGGCCCAUUUCUUUGCCCCGGAGAGCAGAGACCUUUGGAGGAUUUGACUGUCAUCAGAUGAAUGCUUCCAAAGGAGGUGAGAAAGAAGAGGGUGAUGACGGCCAAGACCUUAGGAGAACAGAGUCAGAUAGUGGCCUGAAAAAGGGUAGAAAUGCUAACCUGGUAUUUAUGCUUAAAAGAAACAGUGAG